GCUAUUUCUGAUGCUUGGAAGCUACCCUUUCAGCCACAAAGAUGGUCAUCAAUCUUUGCCUCCCACAGUUCAGACCAAGAAUUUAUUGCAACAAGAUAUCAGCUGAUGGUUAUGAAGUAGAAAAUCUCAUCUCUGAAGACCUCACAAAGAGAAGUCAUGGUUUUAGGACAGAGUAUUUCAUUAAGCCACCAGUCUAUGUGACAGUUUCCUUUCCCUUCAGUGUGGAAAUCUGUAGGAUUAACAUAGACCUCACAGCUGGGGGAGGCCAGAAUGUCACAGGCCUGGAAAUGUACACGUCUGCCUCAUCCAGCAGAGCACCUUGGAAUGCCCCCGAGUGCCGGACUCUGGGCCCAGCCGAGCCAUCCAUCCCGGACAAGGAGGCGUUCACCUUGGUAGGCAAAGUCUUACUGAAAAACCAGAGCCAAGUGGUGUUUAGCCACAGGGGCUUCAAGGCCAGGCCACCUUUUGGUCCAAUGGAAGCCACACUCCCCUCUCCCGCUGUUGUGGCACAGGAGCUCUGGAAUAAAGGAGCUCUUUCUCUUAGCCAUGUGGCCCAUCUCAAGAUCGGUAUCACGCAUGUGACAGGUGGCGGUAUCCCUUGCAUCAAACGGUUGGAAGUGUGGGGUCAGCCAGCUAAAACCUGCUCUCAGGAGGUAUUAGACAGUGUCCUGCUGCUUGCCUCCGAGAGCCUCCCUCAGGACUUGGCUCUGCAGGCCCCCGCCUUGCCCAUGGAGAGUGACUGCGAUCCCGCAGGCCUGUCUGAGGGCCAGCAGGCCCCCUCCAGCCUGCGGGAGCUAGCCGAGGUAAUUCGGGAUGUGCCUGAGGAGUUCCUGGAUCCCAUCACCCUGGAGAUCAUGCCUUGCCCCAUGCUGCUGCCCUCGGGCAAGGUCAUCGACCAGAGCACACUGGAGAAGUGUAACCGCAGUGAAGCUGCGUGGGGCCGAGUGCCCAGCGACCCUUUCACGGGGGUGGCCUUUACUCCGCACUCCCAGCCCCUGCCUCACCCCUCCCUGAAGGCCCGGAUUGACCAUUUCCUGCUCCAGCACUCCAUUCCUGGCUGCCAUCUGCUCGGGAGAGCACAGACUGCGUUGGCAGUGACCCCCUCUUCCAUUGCUCUGCCCUCUCGGAAAAGGAAGAUGGAGCACGCUGAACACGCCCCAGACGGUAGCCUCGGUAUCAGUGCUUCCUGUUUCUCUACCACAAGCCUUCUGGUCUCACCCACUACCUCAGAGCACCCCGCUAAGAAAAUGAAAGCUGCCAGUGAGCUGGGGCUGACGCACAUGGACUGCUCAUCAGAGCAGCCUGGGAGCGUCCCGGGCCCCGAGUGCGCCUCCUGCAAAAGAGUGUUUUCUCCCUACUUCAAAAAGGAGCCGGCCUACCAGCUUCCCUGCGGCCACCUCCUGUGCCGGCCGUGCCUGGGCGAGAAGCAGCGCUCCCUGCCCGUGGCCUGCGCCGCCUGCCGGCGGCCGUUUGCCACCCAGGACGUGCUGCGGGUCCACUUCUGAGUGAGCAGCCUCGGCCCGAGAAGACCCGUCGAGGGGCGUCGCUCAGAGAGUGGGGGUCAGGAUCCCCUGAGGUCUGGCCAGGGCCCCAAGCACACAGGGGCCCUUUCUUCCCCAGGGGCUUUCCCCUUUGUUUCCUUCCACAGUGUAGCACACGGGCCAGAGUACGGGGUGGGAGGGGGCACCCCACUCCUGCUCAAGUGGCAAUAGGAUAACAAAGCCAUAGUUUGGGCUGGGAGGGUUGGGGGACUACCCCCGCCCUCCUGUGCCUCCCUGCCACCCCACCCCCUCCCCCGCCAGAGCCCAGGGCCUGUGAGAGCCGGCCCCGCCCUGCUGGGGGGCCCCCCACGUGGUCCGUGCACACAUCCCAGCCCCGCAGGGUAGACGUGAGUGCAGCACAACAGACUGUGGCUCGGAAUCUCGAAGACAGCCUCCGCCUUCGGUGUCACCCGGGAGCCAGGAGUGCUCCGUGGUGGGGGUCUGGAGUGAAUGACUCAGCCCCCAACUGGCAGACCACUCCGAGCCUUAAUAAAGUGAUGGUUGACGUCUGUCCGCUGUGGGCUUCCUCCUGACAAAGUACCUGUCUGUCGUCAUAUGUCUGUCCCCC